UCCGUGGCAUCUUCUCCCUGAAUCCCACUGAUGUGCGACUUCCUCCCGGCGGCUGAACCAGGGGAUGUCCGGGCCUGUUUCGCGGUAACGUUGAGACAAAGAUCCAGGAAACAUCCUCAUCUCCCCCGUCAACUGGACACAAGGUGGAAUGAGGAUGUUUGCUGUGGACUGAAAUCCAUCCCGAGCAACAAAAUGAAGCAGAAGCUGCUUCGUGGUUUCCUUUCGGAAAUUUCCGUCCGAAUAGCCUUGUUAGUUGUGUUCCUUGUGACGGAGCAGCUUCCUCCUUUCUUCCGUGAGAUCCAGCCCGAGGAGAUGUGGCUGUAUAAAUUCCAUCGUGUGGAGAAUGACCACGUUCCCACCUCGCUCAUGUUUAGCAUUGCAGUUUUCACCCCAUUGAUUGUCAUCGUGGUUUUCACCUUCAUGAGGAAGUCAGAGAGAGGAGAUCUGAAGGAAGCCUCGCUGGCUGUGACUCUGACUCUGGUGCUGAAUGGAGUUUUCACCAACGUCAUCAAACUGGUUGUUGGCAGGCCGCGACCGGAUUUCUUCUACCGCUGUUUCCCAGAUGGUCAGAUGAACCUGGAGCUGCACUGCACCGGUGACCCAGAUACGGUCAUAGAGGGCAGGAAGAGCUUCCCUAGCGGGCAUUCCUCCUUUGCCUUCGCAGGUUUGGGUUUCACAGCGUUCUACAUCGCAGGAAAGCUGCGCUGCUUCAACGUGGUGGGCCAAGGCCGAGCGUGGCGGCUGUGUGCCUUCCUCGCCCCUCUGCUCGUCGCCACUGUGAUCGCCCUCUCCAGAACCUGUGACUACAAACACCACUGGCAAGAUGUGUUGGUGGGUUCUCUGCUAGGUCUGGUCUUCGCCUGGCUGUGUUACCGGCAGCACUACCCCCCACUUCAGGACCCCGACUGCCACAGACCUCUGCGUCACAGAGAGAUGGUUCCCGCUGCACAGGAGCGCAAGCUGGCCAACUCCAACUACAUCCUGCCCAUGUAGAGCAGCUGUAGCCGGAGAAUUACUCUUUGCAGAUGUAAUCUAUACUGGGUUACAUGGUGAUCUUUCUUACUCUGGGUUUUACACCCUUCAGGCCAGGCAGUAAAUCAGUAUUUUUUGUUAGUCGUCGAUCAUUGUAAAUGUAUGGUGGCAAUUUUCUUUUUGUAAGGUGACACACAAUAUGUUUUCCAAACUGAAUUUAGAAAACUAAUAUCUCUCGGGUGUUUUCUGAGACACCUGAGUAUCGGAAAAUAACAACAAAUUUUUAACAGUCGCAUGUUGAUGGACAUGAACUAUGGGGACAGCCUGGAGUGUGUGUUUCCAAACCCUAUAAUGAUGUCAAUACCUUCUGGAUGUUUUACUAGAGGUCUUCUGGUCGACUUGACAUCGUUCUCCAUAUGGCUCAGCCCCACACACACGGACACACCCACAC